UGUAAGGACUGGCUGGAGAUCUAUGAUGUGUUCCAUGAAGGCGCUGAAGAACGUCUUGCAUUACGAGAACGCUACUGCUCGGACACUUUUCCCGGCCCAACGGUGUCCGCUUUUGGCGCUCAUUCGAUGCGUGUCAUCUUCAGUUCGGACUCGACCGGUACUGGGAACGGCUUCAAGGCCCUCUACGAGAUUCGGCCGGCUGCUAAAGAGGACAUUCCCACACACGAAACGAAAGAACCAAAAGGUGAAGGAGCGUAUCGAUGUGGACGACGGAUUAGAGCCAGUGCUACAACUCCUACUGGUUAUGUAAUGUCACCCAAUUACCCUAUCAAGUAUAAUAAGGACGUGCAUUGUGAUUGGGAAAUAGCAGCCAGGGAUGGGCAUAAGAUUCUUCUUACAAUGGUAAAGAUGGAAAUUGAAGGGGAAAUGUCCGCCACCACUGCUAGCUGUCAGAAGGCGGUCAUUCGGGUAUCCGGAGCGCCUCGACCAGAGUACUGCGGUACGGAUCAAGGAGUAUUCACCCCAUUGGUCACCAAAAACAACUCGGUUCGAAUCAGCUUUUUGACCAGUCCCGACAAGGUAAACGGAUUGAAGGGAUUCAAUAUGAGCUGGACUGAAGUGCGUGAAGUGAACGAAAUGAGCGAGUGUUCGUCUUCGUCUGAGUAUAUGUGCACUUACUCUAAACUAUGCAUUAGUUCCAUGUUACGGUGCAAUGGUGACGCGAACUGUGGACAUCAGGACGACACCGAUGAAACCCAUUGUAGGUGCAAGAGUGCAAUCAUCGUCCAUGUCCGGCUCAUUGUCGAUGUUGUUUAUCAGCUCGACCACAACCGUCGUUGUGUCUCAGCUGCUGAACAUCUCACCGCUUCUGAUUGCUGUGUGGAAUCCGAUCUGAUUCAUCUAUACGCACUGACGAAACGAUCCAAUGUUCACUUUUCAUUGGAGAGCUCCCAGUUCAACUUGAUUUUGCGGCUAUGGGCUGUUUCUUGUUGCAUUAACGAAGAGAAUGAGCAAUGGUUCUGUUCAGGUGCAAGAAAGGAGAGCAGCACCGAUAAGACAAUUGUUAUUGCGGGUGUGUUCUGUGGCGGUACAUUCCUAUUCAUCUGUAUGUUUUUCUGUUAUCUCUUCAAAUCGAAGCUGGAGCGUAAAAAGAAGCGACAACGCAGUCAUAGUUCAAGACAUCGUCAGCGACAACCGUUCCGAUCACAAAAACCCGUCGGAAAGUCGCUCAAUGACUCUGAAUUGCCUUCACCAGCGACAUCCCGUUUCGUCCACCACGACGCCACUGGUAUCAUGCCACCGAUCACCCUUCACACACUGGUCGACCAAGAGCAGACAUUCUAUGGAUAA